GCCUGGAUUUUAACGAAAGUGAGAGAAAGAAAGGAGUUACAGGGAAACUUAGAGAGAGGAUGAUGAGGCAGGAACUUUAGGAGUCCAUCGAGGCAUCACCCUCCACUAUAUCACCUCUAGAUAGAAUCUACAAAACAAGCCAGCGAGGGAGACACAACAGCAGGAGAUCCCUGGAUUAAAUAAGGGAAAUACAAGAAUAAACAAUCUGCAUAGAACAGAUUGUGAAUUAUGUAAAGUAUUUAGUCAACUGCUCGCAGAAGAAGCAGACAGCUCUUGAAUUAGUUCUUAUUUCUGAAACAUCAAAUCCAGGUACCAUGGACUGUCAGAGAGAUGCAGAUGUUGGUGGCAGAGGAGGGAGAUACACCUGGCCGCUGCUCGGAUUAUUUGGUGCCCUGGUAUUGGUGGCAGGGAUUUUCACUGCUUCAUCACUAGUAUCACGGAAGACCCAGGUAGACUCGGUGGUGGCUCCAGUCCCGGUUCUUCGCUUGCCAUAUCACUUAAGGGCGAAGCGCUACACCUUGACACCUGGACUACUGAAAUGGGACCAUUACAAUCUGACAUACAGAAUUGUGUCAUUUCCAAGAAAUAUAAUCAAUGAGAGUGAUACAAGAAAGGGCAUAGCAGAAGCAUACCGCAUGUGGAGUGAAGUGACGCCCUUCCACUUCAAGGAAGUCCCAGCAGACCAAGAAAGUGAUAUGAAGAUUGGCUUCUAUGGUAUCAAUCACACAGACUGUUUGGAGUCUCGUAUUCAUUACUGCUUUGACGGCACGACUGGGGAGUUGGCUCACGCUUACUUUCCACAGACUGGGGAGAUACAUUUUGAUGACAGUGAAUACUGGUUUUUGGGAAACACCAGAUUCAGCUGGAAAAAAGGGGUGUGGCUCACAGACCUGGUCCAUGUGGCUGCUCAUGAAAUUGGACAUUCCCUGGGAUUGAUGCAUUCUCUCAACAGCAACGCCCUGAUGCACAUUAAUGCCACCCUGACUGGGAAAAACACUAUCUCCCAAGAUGACGUGUGGGGAAUCCACAGUCUGUAUGGAUGCAGAGAUAGAUACUUGGUGUGUGCCAGCUGGGCACAUAAAGGAUACUGUGACUCUAGGAGGAAGCCUAUGAAGAAGUAUUGUCCGUACAGCUGUGACUUCUGCUAUGACUUCCCAUUCCCAACACGGAUGCCCACACCAAUACCACCCAGAACCAAAGUGCGCUUGGUUCCAGAAGGCAGAAAUGUAACCUUCAGAUGUGGAAAAAAGAUUAUCCAUAAGAAAGGCAAAGUAUACUGGUACAAAGACAACGAGCUCCUGGAAUACUCAUAUCCUGGAUAUCUGUUCCUCAGUGAUGACCACAUGAGUAUAAUCGCCAACGCCAUCAAUGAAGGCCUCUACACCUGCAUAGUGAAGAAGAGGGAUCGGGUGCUGACAACCUACUCAUGGAAUAUAAAAGUACAGAUGUGAGGGAUCCAGUAGGUACAUAGAAUUUUGGACAACAAGGGACCAAUAGAAUGACGGACUAUAUGCACACAUCACUGUUUCUCGACAGUAGCCAUUUUGCUACGUUGAUUAGUCAACCUGCCAAUGCUUGGUGAUGAUGCAAUGCAUUUCUAUCUACUGAGGGUAUUUUUACGUUGUUGAGCUUUGCACAUAUUACCCUUACAGAAACAUACAUUUGCUAGGAAGAUACAAAACCCCUAACUGGGGUGGAUUGAUGAAUAUUAUUGACAUUGCCAUAGACCAGCGCCUUGAGCUAUAGUGAACAGCUGGUUUCAUGAUUCUUAACCCCUGAGACACUACGGGGUUUCACGACUUCACAGGAGCUGAAGAGCUACAAAUGGCCUAAGGAUGCGGUAACAUGAUAUGGAAUGGGACUGUAAGCAUCGUGAACGGGGGCACAAGGGAUCCACACAACACAUAUCAAUCGUCUCCUAUCACUCUGGCAGUGAACAAGCAAAAUAACGUCAUGGAUCCCAAUCGCCAUCCUAAUCAAUGUUCACACCUUAACUGGCUUCAAUAGCAGCAGUUAUUUUUGUGUCUGUGUUGACACUGAUCUGGAUGGUGAUCGGGAUUCAAGCAAUGUCCCUAAGAAACCAAAACAACAAGUGUAGUCUUAAGAUUACGGCAGCGAGUACAGGAUCCUCAGGCUUCGACGCCCACACUUAGGGCUCAUGCACACGAACGUAUUUUCUUUCCAUGUCAGUUCCAUUUUUUUGUGGACCGUACGCGGAACCAUUCAUUUCAAUGGGUCCGCAAAAAAAA